UCAAAAUCUGCGUUCAAAUUUGUAUUUAGAUAUAGUUAAAUUUAUUCUAUAUUCCUGGUUUUGAUUUUUCUUGGCAAUAAUUCGAAAAUGUCGAUCGAAACUCAAACAUCGUUAAUUGUUGGCGGAGAUCGGACAACAGGAAAUCACGUCAGAACACAGAAUGUAAUGGCCGCUGCAUCUAUAGCUAAUAUUGUCAAAAGUUCACUUGGUCCGGUUGGAUUGGACAAAAUGCUUGUCGAUGAUGUUGGUGAUGUAACGGUCACUAAUGAUGGCGCUACUAUUCUCAAAUUACUAGAUGUUGAACACCCUGCAGCAAAGGUUCUAUGUGAACUUGCAGAACUUCAAGAUCAAGAAGUUGGAGAUGGGACUACAUCUGUUGUCAUUAUUGCCGCAGAGCUUUUGAAAAAUGCUGACCAACUAGUGAAGAAUAAAAUUCAUCCGACUUCUAUCAUUAGUGGUUAUCGGCUUGCAUGCAAAGAGUCUGUCAAAUAUCUUCAAGAAAAUUUGACAAUACCCAUUGAUGAGCUGGGAAAAGAAUCCAUCAUAAAUGCAGCUAAAACUUCAAUGUCUUCAAAAAUUAUUGGAGUGGACUCUGAUUUCUUCUCUGCUAUAGUUGUUGAUGCUGCAAAUGCAGUCAAGUUUACUGAUUCAAAAGGCAAUGCUAAAUAUCCUAUCAGGGCUGUCAACAUCCUUAAGGCUCAUGGCCGUAGUGCUAGGGAGAGUGUAUUGGUGAAUGGAUAUGCCUUGAAUUGCACAGUUGCUUCACAAGCUAUGCCGAAGAAGAUAAUUGGAGCAAAGAUAGCAUGUUUGGAUUUCAAUCUCCAAAAAACCAAAAUGAAACUAGGUGUACAUGUUGUUGUUGAAGACCCUGAUCAACUCGAUGCAAUUCGAAGACGUGAAAUUGAUAUCACAAAAGAACGGAUUUCAAAGAUUUUUGCAACAGGAGCUAAUGUGAUUUUGACUACUGGUGGAAUUGACGACAUAAAUCUGAAAUAUUUUGUGGAAUCUGGAGCAAUGGGUAUUCGAAGAGUUCUCAAGAAGGAUCUCAAGCGAAUUGCAAAAGCUUGCGGAGCGUCUAUUUGUUCAACAUUAGCUAAUUUAGAAGGUGAAGAAAGCUUCGAUGUUUCACAGCUUGGAUAUGCAGAAGAAGUCACACAGGAACGAGUUUGUGAUGAUGAGUUGCUUCUCAUCAAAUCUCCAAAAGCUCGAUCCGCUGCAUCUAUUAUUUUGCGUGGUCCGAAUGAGCUUGCACUUGAUGAAAUGGAGAGAUCUGUCCAUGAUGCUCUAUGUGUUGUGAAGAGAGUUAUGGAAUCAAGAUCUGUUGUACCAGGAGGAGGUGCCGUAGAAGCUGCAUUAUCAAUUUUUCUCGAAAAUUAUGCUACCUCUGUGGCUUCCAGAGAACAGCUCGCAAUAGCUGAAUUUGCAAGAUCUUUGCUCGUCAUACCGAAAACCUUAGCGCUCAAUGCAGCUCAAGAUUCUACUGAUCUGGUUGCGAAAUUGAGAGCAUAUCAUAACGAGUCACAGAACAACAAAGAAAGACGUAAAUUGAAAUGGUGUGGCCUCGAUCUCGUCACCGGAAUUGUUCGAGAUAGUAAGGAGGCUGGGGUAUUAGAGCCAACAAUGAUCAAGACAAAGUGUUUGAAGUUUGCAACAGAAGCUGCUAUCACAAUUCUUCGUAUUGAUGACUUGAUCAAGUUGUAUCCCGAACAGAAGCAGGGCAAAUCCUACCAAGAUGCAUUGAAUGCCGGCGAAUUAGAUGGUUGAUUAUAGUGUCACUGUUUUUUGGUCAUGCAUGCCUUAUUGUCUGAUGUAGUUGUAUCAUAAGUGUUGCUUGAGCUUGUGAUAUCACCAUGUUCUCUAGAAAAAUAUGAAUUGAAGGACUGUUCCUACUUUUUCACACAACCAUGUUUCAUUUUGUCAUACAAGGUUUGGGUUUGGAAAAUGUAAUGUUUGCACGCAAGGAUGAA